GGCUCUUCCAGCGGCUCCGGCUCCGGCAGCCCCAACGGUGCUUCUCCUAGCGGUGCUGACGCUGAUUGCGAUACCCUUGUCAGCGAGACUGUUGUCCCUGUGGCUACCAACACCGAGGGUGGCUCUGUCCCCACUGCCCCUGCUCAGACUGGUGCUGUGCCCACUGGCACCGCUCCCGCUGGCGGUGCUGCUCCUUCUGGUGGUGCCCCUGGUGGCGCUGGCGCCGACGCCUCUUCCACUCCUUGCGAAACCUCCAUUGGCGAGACUGUCGUUCCUGUUGCCACCAAGACUGAGGGCGGCUCUGCCCCCAGCGCUCCUGCCCAGGGUGGCUCUGGUGCUGCUCCUUCCGGUGGUGCCGCUGGUGGUGAAGCCCCCUCUGGUGUUGCCAGCGUCCCUGCUGUUCCUACUUCCAGUACUGUCCCUGAGGGUGCCAGCGCUGACUCCACCACCACUCCCUGCGACACUCUCGUCACUGAGACUGUCGUCCCUGUCGCUACUCAGACUGAGGGCUCUCCUGCCCCUAGCGGCACCGCCGCUGAGGGAGGCUCCUCCCCCCAAAUCACCACCGCUCCUGUCGCUGGCUCCGGUUCCGGUUCCGGCUCCGAUGUGGUCACUGUCACCAUCACUACUACUGUGAGCGUUUCUGCUUGCGACUACUAG